AUGACUGCCGAGCAAGCCUAUCAGCUUUUUGAACUUUUGCCUGCUGAGGCUCCGGCUCGUGCUGCAUCUCUGCUGCCUCAGUCAAAGUCUUUUACCACUGGAGCCUUUGCAUACUCCAGCGGACCCGGCUUGCGUCGCCACACCCGUGUUUUCCCUUUGGCGACCAAGGCCCUUGCCGAUUUUGUGCGAGCUACCUGUGCCACGCACUCUUUCUCCAGCAUCGCUAUAUUCCGCGAUUUGACUGCUCCCCUGCAUUUGGACGCCCUUAACCAGCCGUCCCAACCCAACCUGCUCAUCCCUCUCACGGCCUUUUCAGGUGGAGGCGUGUGGUAUGAGUCCCCCUCCGGCACUUCUCAUCGCCUCUUGGACGGUGUCGUGACGCCUGGUUGUGUACUUGAUGUGGCCUCCGGGCCCGUCUUCCUUCCUGCUGCCGAGGCGCGUCAUCAAACACUCCCUUGGGAGGGCACUCGCUGCGUUCUGGUUGCCUUCACUUCUCUUGACGCGCACACCCUGUGCCCCGCCGAUCUCGACACUCUGAGUCGCGCCGGCUUCUCUUGUGGCGCCCCUGGCACACCACACGCUCUGCCUCCUGUCCCGCACACUAGCCUGCGACCAAUGGCGGUCGAACUUUGCGCCGGCUCGGCCUCCCUGUCGGCCGCUCUUCGCGCUGCUGGCUUCGCCACCUUGGCGGUCGACCACCACUGGAAUACGCAUUCUCCGCAGCACUCCAUCUGCCAGCUGGACCUCAGCUGCCCCCAGCAACAGGCUCUCUUGCUCCGAUGGAUGCGCACACAGCCGCUUGCACAUGUGCACCUCGGCCUCCCCUGUGGCACCUGUUCGCGGGCCCGCGAACGUGCUCUGCCUCACGGUGUGCCUGGGCCCGCCCCGCGGCCCUUGCGUAAUCUGCUCCACCCCCUAGGCCUCCCUAACCUCACCCCUGCCGAACACCGUCGCGUCUGCCAAGCCAAUGCCGUCUACUGGUUCGCUUUGGACGUCCUGGAGCUUGCCGCCAGCAUGGGUGCCACCGUCAGCCUCGAGAACCCUUCUCGAUCCUGGCUUUGGUCAGCGCUACGUGCCAUGGCCGAGGAAUCCCAGCGUGUGCAUCUCCUCGCCCAGCUCGAAGAAUGCAUCUUUGACUCUUGCAUGCACGGCGGCCGCCGCAAGAAGAGCACCAAGAUCUUAGGAUCCCCCGGCCUUUUCAGCAGCCUCCGGGCCUCUUGCGACUCCUCACACACCCAUGCGCCGUGGACCAUUGACCCGACGGGCAGCGGGCCGCGCUUCGCCACUGCCGAGGAAGCGCAGUACCCUCGCUUGCUUUGUUUGCGCAUGGCGCAGGCUCUGGCCGCGCGUCACCAGCUCCCCGAGCCUGUGCCUACUGCUUCCGCCAGUCUGUCUCAGAGCGUCCGCCGCGGCCCUCGCCCGCUCAUCCCCGAGUUCUACGAGUGUGCCCGGGUGCCUGCAGCCUCCACUCUGCAGCCCCACGAGCGCGGGAAUCCUGGCCAAGUUCUCCCAACGGUGCUGAAAGAUGCCGUGGACACGGUGUUGACAACCGACCCGGUCGACACGGCAAAACGGCGUCUGCAGGCUGUGAUAACCAUCAAGCAGCUAGCCAAAGAGCUUGAAGGAAAAGAAGACGAGUUCAAAUCGUCCCUGGACCCGGACGUGGCAAGCAUCCUCAGUCCCAAGAAACUUUGCCUCUGGAAGGCCCUCCUCAAGGCUUCCGACUUCGAUGAUUGCGGGAUCGUCGACUUGAUGGCUAGAGGCAUUCCUCUUGUUGGGACGCAUGGGCCCGUCCCCAAUCUAGAACCCGGAGGAGAGCCUUCCUCGGACUCACCGGACAACCUUCUUGCGUCGGCUCCUCUCAGGCGUGAAGCCAUGAUUCGGUCUCGUAAGAUCCCCAGUGACCAGCAUCAGAAUGACCUUGUCUCGGCCUCCAUGGAAGAGGUCAGCAGGGGCGAUCUGAAAGGCCCCCUCACGGAGAGCGAUGCCCACCAGCACUUCGGUUCCGAGCAUUGGUUACUCAACCCCAGGUUCCCGAUUUACCAGGGAGUUAGUCUUAAGCUUAGGGUUAUAGACGACGCCAAGGCAUCGGGUUUAAACUCUGCCUUCUCCCCGUCGUACAAAGUCAAGCUGAUGGACAUUGACGUCUUGGCCUGCCUAGUAGCCCACGUGGCCUCAAGUCUGCACCUGGGGCACUGUGACGGGAACCCGGUACACCAUCUCGUGGCCUCGUCAGAGUGGGAAGGAGGCACGCUUGACUUGGCCCGAGCAUACAAGCAGGUACCGAUUGACCCAGCCUCGAGGCCCUUCUGUGUCGUGGGCUUCCCGACCUCAGAAGGGUGGCAGUACUACAGGUCGGACGUGCUUCCAUUCGGCUCCAACGCCUCGGUGUACGCAUUCCUGAGGAUCUCACGUGCGUUGCACCAUGUGUUGGUCAAGUUCCUCGCUGCACUUACCACGGUGUUCUACGACGACUUCCCCAUCAUAGAACCGGCCAUGGGAGCUCCGGUCCUGAAAUCUGCGGUAUCGGCCGUCCUCGACUGCUUGGGAUGGGCCCAUUCCAAAGACGGCGACAAAGCCCUGCAAUUCGCUGGCUCGUUCGUCGCCCUCGGGGUCUUGGUAGAUCUGAGAGGAAUUCGGUCCGCCAAAUUCCGCCUAUCGAACAAGCCAGGCAGAAUCGACAAGCUAGUCGAGAUGAUCCAGCAGUUCAGCGACGAGGGGCGCGUCGACUCUGGACGGCUUUCGAUUCUGCAAGGUCACUUGAACUUCGCCGCCGGGUUCUACAUGGCCAAGGGACUACGCUUCCUGUCCAAGGAAUUUGCCAAGUUGCUGGAUGGGCGUCGUUCCACAUCCGAGAUCAGAGCUCUGUGCAGGCUUGCCAUAGCUCUUCUUCGGGGGACUCCCGAGCGCGAGUUUGACUUGGCCGUCACUGGGCAGCCUGUCAUCAUUUUCACUGACGGGUCCUGGGAAGGGGGCAGGGCAGGCGCCGGCGGAGUCGUUUUCGACCCAGCCACAGAAGCCACCCAAGUCUUCGAACUGGAAGUUCCGGGUGAGCUCCUUGCGGCAUGGCAACCGCAGGUGGGCACUCAGCUCAUCUGCCAGAUCGAAGCUUACGCUGCAAUAUCUGCUAGAUACCUCCUCCGACACGUCAUCCGAGAUCGCCUCGCGGUCAUGUGGAUCGACAACGAACCAGCGAGGGUGGCUCUCUCCAAGGGGACCGCGGACUCCGAGUCUCUGAGAGCCAUGGCCAGGGUCAUGCAGUCCAUCGAGAUCUCUCAUCCUUCGGUGCUGUGGUACGAGAGAGUUUGCUCCUUCAGCAACCCUGCGGACAUGCCGUCCAGGGGGGAUGCAGAGGCUGCAGCCCGCCUCUUCGGCGGCAGAGUCGUUGACCUCGGCUCGGAUGGACCCGUCAGGGAUGCGAUCCUCCUCGCUGUAAGAGAUCCCUACGCCAACCUGGUGGUGUAG